AAUCGGAAUGCAAGAGAAUUCACUGAUACCUACCUUUAUUCUUGGUCAGCAACUUGUCUGUUGAAUCAAACUUUUUCUCUGACAUGCUCUCACAACUUAAACGAAUAAUAAUCUGAGUGAGAUACGGAAUUGGCACCAGACACUACGCUGUCUCUAAAUUACCCAGUGAAAAAUAAUUGCUUCUGUAUUUAGCACGCGCAGCUUAAUUCGGAUUAACGCUAAUGCCACACAAUUAUUCUUAAAGACAAUUUGGGUAACGUUAGUUACACAUUAGUUGCUAUAAAGUAGAAUUUUGUAACCGUUCGCAAACUACCAUCAUUACCCAACAAUAACUUUUUCAUACGCCUUUUGCUUUCUCUUUAUAACCUUAACUUCAAAUGUGGAGAUGUCACUCUCGAUGUUAAAACAGCUUUGGCUCCACAUGACAGUCCUUGAAUGACAUGUAUCCAACCUAGCUAGCUGGUGCUUAUACACUAAUGUACUUCUAAAGAUAAACAGGGGAUAAAAUGUUAUCUACUAACAUUAGGCAGUUCUAACAGUAGCUAUCUCCUGUAUAUGGUUGCUCCAUUAUAACUGAAUCCGGGAGGUUGCUAGCUAGAAAGUCUUAGGUCUUGUGGCAAGCUAACCCAGCAUGGAACAUCUCAGGACUUUUAAAACUUUAACGUUACUUACCAUUUCUCAGCACUGGAUGCCUGUCAGAUGUGUCCAACCCAGAUAUUGUUCUGAUUUAGCUAACACCAAAGUCACGCCAAGAGAGAGGAGGGUAACUGGAACUUUAGACAAGUUCAAGAAUCAGUUAUCCUCUGGUCCAACUUUUCAGGAUUUCAUCAAAGGAGUUUCAGUUCCUAAGACUUGUGCUAAAGAUGGACAGUACUCACAGAAACAUGCUUAUCUUUCUGAGGACUUGAAGAUGGGGAACUCAAGGAAAGUGUAUUUUGAAACCUAUGGAUGUCAAAUGAAUGUAAACGACACAGAGAUAGCCUGGUCCAUACUGCAGAAGAAGGGAUAUCAACGUACGCUUACCUUAAAUGAGGCAGAUGUUGUCCUGCUGGUAACAUGCUCCAUAAGAGAAAAAGCUGAACAAACAAUCUGGAAUAGACUACAGCACCUGACAGCCAUGAAAAAGAAACGCUUAAAGACCCACACACCAAUGAAAAUAGGGAUUUUAGGCUGCAUGGCAGAGAGGCUAAAGACAGAGGUUUUGGAGCGGGAGAAGCUGGUAGAUGUUCUUGCUGGUCCAGAUGCGUACCGGGACCUUCCCCGCCUCUUGACUGUAGCUUAUGACGGUCAUCAGGCAAGCAACAUACUGCUGUCAUUAGAGGAGACCUACGCUGACAUCAUGCCUGUUCACCAUGCCCCUCAGGGAUACAGUGCUUUUGUGUCUAUCAUGCGUGGCUGUGACAACAUGUGCAGUUACUGCAUUGUUCCCUUCACCCGAGGGAGAGAGAGGAGUCGACCUGUCAGCUCCAUUCUUGAGGAAAUCCGUGUGCUCUCUGACCAGGGUGUGAAGGAGGUCACGUUGCUGGGUCAGAAUGUGAACAGCUACAGAGACAUGUCAGAAGAACACUUUGGAGGUUCAGACCUGACCAAGCUCAGCCAAGGCUUCAAGACAGUUUACCGAACAAAACAGGGCGGUCUGCGCUUCUCCGACCUGCUGGACAGAGUGUCCCGCAUCGACCCUGACAUGAGGAUCAGAUUCACUUCCCCUCAUCCCAAAGAUUUUCCUGAUGAGGUUUUGCAUCUGAUUGCAGAGCGAGGAAACAUUUGUAAGCAGAUACACCUUCCAGCACAGAGUGGGAGCAGCCAAGUCCUGAAAGCAAUGCGCCGUGGCUACACAAGAGAGGCCUACCUGGAUCUUGUGGAGAAUAUCAAAAGAAUCAUCCCAGAGGUGAGCCUCAGCAGUGACUUCAUCUCAGGCUUCUGUGGUGAGACAGAGGACGACCACCAGCAGACGCUGUCUCUGAUCAGAGAGGUGGGCUACAAUCUGGGGUUUCUUUUUACCUACAGUAUGAGAAAGAAAACUCAUGCCUACCAUCAGCUACAAGAUGACGUGCCAGCAGAGGUGAAACGGCGGAGACUGGAGGAGUGCGUCAGUGUAUUCAGAGAGGAAGCUGCCAGGGUCAACGCUGCUCUCAUCGGCAACACACAGCUUGUCCUGGUGGAGGGAGAAAGUAAAAGAUCUGCCAAGGACCUGUGUGGGAGAACUGAUGGCAAUAUUAAAGUGAUUUUCCCCAAAGAGGAUGUGGCUGUUCAGACUGCAGAGUCCAACACUGCACCUAUCAACACUGGAGACUAUGUGCUGGUGAAGAUAUUGUCGGCCAACUCCCAGUGCCUGAGAGGUCGAGCCCUUGCUCACAGCUCCCUGAGAGACGAGUGAAGCACUAUGAGACCGACACCACAGGAAGCAGACUCAUUUUUUAAGCAAACUGGCUCACUUUUUUUGAAGACACGUGGAGGCUAUUUUUACAGACAUUUUGGUGAUGAUAUACUCACAUUUCACUGCUGUGAUGAGCUAUGAAAACUGCUUUUUAUUUAUCCAGUCAGCAUCAACUGUCUGUAUAUAGUGAAGCCUGUUUGGAGAAUACACUUGUACAGGUUUUUUAGAUGCAUAAUAGUGUGACUGAUUUGAUUUGUCUGAUACAGUGGUGUUUGAUUUGGUGCCAUGGUAUUGUUGGAUUUUCCAAGCUGCAGUAAAAAAUUUCAUGGAUCAAGACAUUUCUAGAAUUUCUCCUUUAAGCUGCAGAGUCAGAAAUUUUGAGAGAGAAUUUACCAAGAGUCAACAUCCAGAAAUGCUGUGAUCUGCAUUGGAAGGAACAUGUUAUUUCAGCAAAGAUGACUAUGGUGGUGGUAUAGAAGAUGAAUGACUAUGGUGACUGCAAGCCCUGUCCUGAGGAAUAUCCCCUGUUGAGACAGGACUGCGGUACCACUGCUGGAAAUGUUCAUGGCUCUCACAUAUGGCCGGAGUUGACAUUUAAGAUACAUGAAAAGUACAAAAUGAUACAGUUCUGACAUAAUAUUGAGAUCCACAGUAGAUCUGCAUAUUUCAGGCUUGUGCCUUCAUGGUGGCAAGCUCCACUGCAGAAAUGAAUCCUGGGAGUUUUAAGGAAUGCAGUUCAACCCAUGAACUGAACAUCUGUCCCAAUCAGCAUGUAGUCCUACAAGAAAGGAAAAGAAAAAACAUUCAACAAUGGCUAAUGAUUACUUUGAGAUUAUAAACUCUGUUGAUCAGUUAGUUCUGUGUCACAUUAGCCCUCAUUAAAAUCCCUGUCAUAUUGAUAAAUACAGCUGGAUCAAGAAAAUGCAGUUUUAUAGAAAAUGUCAUGUCUCUGACC